AAUGGUGGACUGAGCCAGCCUCGAAAAAGAAGCCUAUUCUUUGUCCCAGCUCUUUCUCCGCUCCUGGUCCAAAAUGGGUGACCUAAGAGACAUGUGUCCUCACCUGGAUUCCAUAGGUGAGGUCACCAAGGACGACAUGCUUUUCAAGUCCAAAGGAACGUGCCAGUCUUGCGGUGCGGGAGGACCAAAUCUAUGGGCCUGCCUUCAGGUCGGUUGCCACUAUGUCGGUUGCGGGGAGUCCUUUGCCGAUCACAGCACUUUGCAUGCCCAGGCCAAAAAGCACAACUUGACGGUGAACCUGACCACGUUUCGGGUGUGGUGCUACGCCUGCGAGAAAGAGGUGUUCUUGGACCAAAACCCGGCGUCCCAUCCUGCUGCUCUGCCCUCCAAAUUUAUGGAACAGGAUUCUCCCCCGCCCGUCCGUCCGCUGAAAGCUGUCCCAAUUGCCGUCGCCGACGAAGGGGAAUCUGAAUCAGAAGAUGAUGACCUAAAACCAAGAGGCCUUACAGGAAUGAAAAAUCUUGGGAAUUCAUGUUACAUGAAUGCCGCGCUUCAGGCCCUCUCAAACUGCCCCCCGCUCACCCAGUUCUUCCUGGAAUGUGGGGGACUCGUGCGAACGGAUAAGAAGCCGGCGCUCUGCAAGAGUUACCAGAAGCUGAUCUCAGAAGUCUGGCAUAAAAAACGCCCGAGCUACGUUGUCCCGAGCAGCCUGUCUCACAGCAUCAAACUGAUCAACCCCAUGUUUCGGGGCUACGCACAACAGGACACGCAAGAAUUUCUGCGGUGCCUGAUGGACCAGCUUCACGAAGAGCUGAAGGAACCGGUGACGGCCGAACUGCGAGACUCCGACGCGAGCGACACGGACGACAAGAGGGAAGGGGACCGCAGCCCGUCGGAGGACGAGUUCCUCUCCUGCGACUCGAGCAGCGACCGCGGAGAAGGGGACGGGCAGAGCAAGGCCGGAGCCGUUUUGGCCGAAGCGGAGCUGCUGAUCCAGGAGGAGGCGGGCCGGAGCAUCUCCGAGAAGGAGCGGAUGAAGGACCGGAAGUUCUCCUGCCACCGAAGGCGGAGCAACUCCGAACAAGUCGACGAAGAUGCCGACAUUGACACCUCGGUGAUGGCGGUGGAGGGCGGGGCUUCUCCAGAAGGGCUCCUGCCCCCCCCUCCUCGUCCAGUCAGCCCCACGAGGACCCCAGAACCAGACAACGACGCCUACCCGCGUUGCUCUUCCCGGCCCUGCAGCCCGGUCCACCACGAUAUGUAUACCAAGCUGUCAAGUCCUCCGCAUUCCAGCCCCGUGAGGCUGGGACCCUCGUACGUGCUGAAGAAAUCUCAGCUGCUGGCUACUGGAAAAAAGAAGAAAGAGCUGCGCUACCGUAGCGUCAUCUCCGACAUCUUUGACGGCUCCAUCCUCAGCCUCGUGCAAUGCCUCACCUGUGACCGAGUUUCCACCACCGUGGAGACCUUCCAGGAUCUGUCGCUGCCUAUCCCCGGGAAGGAAGACUUGGCUAAAUUGCAUUCAGCCAUUUACCAAAACGUGCCGGUCAAGACGGGAGCAUGUGGGGACAACUACGCCGCCUCACAGGGCUGGAUCGCCUUCAUCAUGGAGUACAUUCGCAGGUUUGUGGUGUCCUGCAUCCCCAGCUGGUUUUGGGGCCCCGUCGUUACCCUGGAAGACUGCCUUGCUGCCUUUUUCGCUGCAGAUGAGUUGAAAGGCGACAACAUGUACAGCUGUGAAAGAUGUAAAAAGUUGCGGAACGGAGUUAAGUACUGUAAAGUGCUGCAGUUGCCCGAGGUCCUCUGCAUCCACUUGAAACGUUUCCGGCACGAAGUCAUGUACUCCUUCAAAAUCAACAGCCACGUUUCCUUCCCCCUGGAAGGGCUGGACCUCCGGCCCUUCCUGGCCAAGGAGAGCAUCUCUAAAAUCACCACGUACGAUCUCCUCUCUGUGAUUUGCCACCACGGCACAGCAGGCAGUGGACAUUACAUUGCCUACUGCCAGAACAUGAUCAACGGCCAGUGGUACGAGUUCGACGACCAGUAUGUGACCGAAGUGCACGAAACAGUCGUGCAGAAUGCUGAGGCUUACGUCUUGUUUUAUCGAAAAAGCAGCGAGGAGGCUGUCCGGGAGCGCCAGAAAGUCGUCUCCUCGGCCACCAUGAAGGAACCCGGCCUGCUGCAGUUUUACAUCUCCCGGGAAUGGCUGAACAAAUUCAACACCUUCGCAGAGCCGGGACCCAUCACCAACUACACUUUCCUCUGUUCCCACGGAGGGAUUCCACCCAAUAAAUACCAUUAUAUUGACGAUCUCGUAGUGAUUCUUCCCCAGAAUGUUUGGGAAUACCUGUAUAACAGGUUUGGUGGGGGCCCAGCUGUGAAUCACCUCUACGUCUGUUCGGUGUGCCAGGUGGAGAUCGAAGCCCUGGCUAAGCGGAGGAAGAUGGAGAUCGAUACAUUCAUCAAGCUGAACAAAGCCUUCCAGGCAGAGGAGUGCCCGGUCGUCAUCUUCUGCAUCAGCAUGCAGUGGUUCCGCGAGUGGGAGGCCUUCGUCAAGGGCAAGGACAACGAGCCCCCGGGUCCGAUCGACAACAGCAAAAUCGCUGUGGCCAAAGGAGGCGGCUACAUGCAGGUCAAGCAGGGAGCCGAUUACGGGCAGAUCUCCGAGGAGACCUGGAUCUACUUGAGCACGCUCUACGGCGGAGGUCCCGAGAUCGCCAUCCGGCAAAACGUGGCACAGGUGCCGGAGGUGGAAAGCCUCCACGGAGAGCAGAAGAUCGAGGCUGAGACCAGAGCAAUUUAAAUGAUCACCACGUCCAGUUAGGUUGGCUUCCCCUUCAGCCUUCUCUUGUAUUUUGGAACUCAACGCACCUCCAGCCGCCGCCCUGCCCUGUCCCCAGCGAGUCUCACCACCGCUAGUUGCGACCAGUCUUAAUUUGAUGCUCUGCCGCUCCUCAUGUGUCACUUGGCAGGUGGCAGAGAGCACCUGGCAAGCCCAUUCUUGUCCCGGAUCGCCCAGGUCCAGUCAAGGAAGAGCAUCUUCAGAAAAGCUGCUUCUGUUCAGUUUGCUUCUUUCUCAUCCCAUCAUCUGCAGAAGCCGAGAAGAAGUUCUUCGGAGAGGUUCUGGUUGUCCUCGGGAGGAGUCGGCCACGCAGUUCCCAUCAAGUCACCUUGCUGGCCUUUUGUAACUGUGACUUUUGCUGUACUUGAAGUACCAAGAGUAGGUGCCCCAUUGUUUUGGUUCUCCUAUGUUUCUCUCCUGAAUUUUUACCUGGAUGGGGCCAGGACAAAUUUGGGCGUCACCUGGAAGGAACCUCGUCCGUUGAAAGGAACAUGCAGAGGACGGUCGGUUUGUUCUUUUGUGGCAUACAAUGGAUUUCCCCCCCUCACCUGCACGGAUGGAAAGGGGUCUUCAUAAUGGAGGGUGGAGCCCCACAUUCCCUUCUAUUUAUGUAUUUAUUUGCAAGGAGUGGAACAUCCUUGAUGACUCUUCUGGUCUCUGCCUGCCUCCACCCCCAGUAUUUCACGCGAGACAAGCACAGACAAACUGUUACUGAAAACAAAGGAUGCGCCCUGAGCAACGUCGACAAACUUGCUUGAAAUUUUAUCCAGCGGUUCCUUUUACACCCAAAUGCUUGUAUAGCCAGGAAUCCCAUAAACGCCUCUACGUCUCAGGGCGGAAAGAGAUCAUGCGCUAGGCCUGAGCAUGCUGGAAGGAUCAAGCGAGGAAGCGGGGCCCCCAUCCUCUGCGCAUCUGUACUGACAUUCACCCGGAUUCACUGGAAAAGUUCCUUUGUGGACUCGUUACUUUCUCACCUGGGCAGGCAACGUCUUGGGCAAGACGGAGCUAACCGUGUUUAUCCCAGCAGCCGGACAACCCCGCUUUGGACGUGAACCGAGAGCUGGUCUCUUGCACAUCUCUGCUUUUUGCUCGGACAGACCCCGCUUACUGAGUCUCGAGAGCGGAGAGGGGCGUCUUCCGGGAGCUGGACGGAUCUCACCGUUCCGGCGACCUACCGCUCGGCGCCUUUCUCCCCAGGCCCACCCACACAUGCGCCAUCUCACUUGACCCGGGUCGGAAUGGCUUUGCCCUAAACAAGCCAGUUCAUUUUUCUGGGCAGAGGGCUGGCAGCAAGCGGGGUGGGGGGAAUCAAGACGUGUAACGAAAGGCGUUCUCAUGAGAAGCUGCUCUGGGAGACGAGGCGUCGGUGGCAAAGGCUGAAUCGGAUCGCCGAGCAAGAGUGCACCCCUGCCAGGCUUCUCGGCCUCACUUGCACCUGCUGGAAGUGGAGAAGCGCCGUUGGGCAUGACCUGUUCUUGCUGUUUCUCACCGACCCCAGUGCUGCUGGGGCUGCUUUCUUCGUUGUCCUGCGUGCAUCCCCUUUGCAGAGGCCGAGCCUUCAGACGCUUCAUUCUGGUGCCCAAGAUUAUUUUUU